AUGCAUUUCUCACGAACACUGCUGGCCGCAGCGCCAGCUGCUCUCGCACUCGUCUCAUCAGUCUCUGCCCUUCCCCACGCUACGCGGACAACGACCACGAACACCACCGCGGUCAACACGACGACUUGCAAUGGCGAGACGUACGUCUACCAGCAGCUUGCCGGCUACGGUUUCAUCCCCAGUAACGACCGUGACAAGUUUGGAGACACCAUUGGCGGCAUUGGCAGCUCUGUUGCUAUUGACCGCUUGAGCUGGAUCCAACUGUUUAACGGUAGCUACACCGGCACACUCUGGGCAAUCCCGGAUCGAGGAUGGAACACACAAGGCACGUUGAACUACCAAAACCGAGUACACAAGUUCAAGAUCAUCUUCACACCAAACAAGACCGCCUCGGUGUCGAGCCCAUCUGGACCUAACCUCAACCUGAUUUACCAGGAUACCAUUCUUUUCACCGACCCGUCAGGCAAUCCUACAUCCGGUCUCGAUGCGAACGUUCGCGGUCCAUACCUCACGUUCCCUAACUUCCCAUUUGACCUGCCAAGCGUCAACUACACCGGUGACGGCUUCGGCGGUGCAGGAAGUGGCGGCACUCGCGUGGUCAUGGACACCGAGGGCCUCUUCCUUGGCAUUGACGGCUCGUUCUGGGUAUCUGACGAAUAUGGUCCAUACAUCUACCAUUUCUCAACCAGCGGCCGCAUGAUCGGUGCCAUCCGACCACCAAAUGCUGUUAUUCCAUUGAGGAAUGGCACGGAGAGCUUCUCGGCCGAUAGCCCGCCCAUCUACAACUCUGCACUGGCUCCAGUCCCUACCGACAACCCGACCGGCCGUGACAACAACCAAGGUCUUGAGGGUCUCACUACCAACCCCCUGCGCACCCGUCUCUACGCUCUGAUGCAGUCUGCUCUCAACCAAGAAGGUGGCCUCAAGAACAAGAACAGCCGCUACGCCCGCCUCCUUGAGUACGACAUCACCAAGUCUCAACCAACCCUCGUCGGCGAGUACGUCGUUCCAGAGAACCACGUCACUCCAUCCGACAGCGGCUCGAAAGUCGCUCACCAGAGUGAGAUUCACUACGUCAGUGACACACAGUUCAUGAUCCUCGCUCGUGACUCAAACGCUGGACGUGGUCAAGCCUCAAGCACGAGCAUCUACCGCCAAGUCGACAUUUUUGACAUCUCAAACGCCACCAACAUCUCGCCAGGCUCUGACUGCUACACUUGCUCCAUCGCGGACAACAACGGAAACUUGCGCAGCAACGUGACGGCGGCCCAGUACUGCCAAUGGCUCGACUACAACGACAACGCCCAACUGAACCGCUUUGGCCUGCACAAUGGUGGUGGCCAAGAUACUGGUCUCUUGAACGAGAAGUGGGAAUCGCUUGCUCUUGUGCCAGUCAACAUUCUCACCCUCGGACUGGACGGAGAGUACUUCCUCUUCUCGCUGAGCGACAACGACUUCAUCACGCAGAACGGUUACCUCAAUGGCGGCAAGUACCAGUACGCGGAUAGCAGUGGCUUCAACUUGGAUAACCAGGCUUUGGUCUUCCAGGUGAAGCUGCCGGGUGGAGCGCUCCCGCUUCAGUCGUAG